AUCUAUCUGGGUAUUCAUGCACAAAAUUAGUCCACCAACAUGUGCCACGUGGCUGUCCUCCAUGGUCAAGGCUUCUCAAGCCCGUCAUGGUCUGGUUACUACCUGGUGCAGUCUAACAAUAAGGAUCUGAUAAUCAUAAUAACAAUACGCCGUGGCCCCGGUGACCCACAUUGCCGGCACCCUUCCCCUCCACCCUUCCUGUCUGAUGCUCUCAUUUUUUGGCGCCAUGGCCUCCAAGUCAUGUGCGGUUCUCUUGAUCUUGCUUGCAUGCAUUUUCGCCACCAAUGCGCAGUCCGGGACACCGCCGAGUAGCUGGCCUCAGGUUUACCCCGGCAUGCCAUCUGGCGAUUAUGGUCCGGCGUGGCAGAACUACUUCCAAGUGACGGAACCCCUUCCAAACGUUACCUGGACUCUCGCCCGCAGUUGGGCUGGCAACAUCCCCGUCCAAAGGCAAGGUCACCCCAACAAUACCCUCUUCUUCUGGGCGUUCGAAAGUUCCAAUGGUUCCUUCACGGCCGAAAGCGAUCAGCCAUGGGGAAUUUGGUUAAAUGGGGGCCCUGGAUCCUCAAGUCUCGUUGGCCUGUUGUUCGAGAAUGGUCCUAUUCACAUUCAAAAUGAUUAUUCAGCGUUUCAGACCCAAUAUGCUUGGACAAACGUCGCAGAUUACGUAUGGAUUGACCAACCAGUGGGCACGGGAUUCAGUACUUGUGAUUCCGAGGGUUACAUUUUUGAUGAAGAUCAGAUGGCCAGCGACUUCAUGGGCUUUUUGGAGAAUUUUGUCCAAGUCUUCCCGCAGCUGGCCAAUCGACCCCUGUACCUUACUGGUGAAAGUUACGCGGGAAUGUACAUUCCAUAUAUCACCAAGGCUUACUUCGAGAUGGAGAAUCCCCCGGUUAAACUAGCAAAGAUCGCCAUCGGUGAUGGUACCAUCGGAUCAGGAGAAGCUUUUGAACUCCUUCCCGUCGUCAGCGUCCUGGAGACGUACCCACAGAUCAUAGGAUAUGACACUGAUGUUCUCGAAUAUUUCAGGGAACAGACGGCACUUUGCGGUUACGACCUUACCCUCGAGUAUCCUCAAAAUGGACAUUUCCCUACCCUUACUUUCGAACCCGGUAGCAACCCUUCCCUGAGCGCUACGCCAUCGGGUAGAUUUAAGUCUCAGCUUACGAAGCAAGGGUUAUUGCUUGAUGUUCAAGAACGUUUUGCCGUGGAGCUUGCAAAACGGGAUAGACAUCUUUCAAAGCGUGAGAGGCUGAGAGCCCGAGACACAUGGAAGAGAGACCUUGCUGGCAGGGCAAAUGGAACGAUUGACUCGUGGUACGGGUGUGACUUAUACGACGAGAUGUUGGAUUAUGCAAUCAAUUACACCUUCCCUUGGUCUCUGAGCCAGAGUACCGGUGGCAUGUUUGAUAUAUAUAAUGUACCCGAUGCUUUGAAUCCCGAAGCUCCAAUGGAUGGCUCGGUGUUCCUCAAUGAUCCACAAACCGUCGCAGCCAUCCAUGCUCCUACCAGCAAGAAUUGGGUUGAGAGUAUCUACUAUCCGUUUGGAAAUAAUUACUCCAACGGAGAUCCUAGUGUCGAGCCAAUGGCUUUCUUAUCUGACCUCGCCUCGAACGCCACUCAGCAGCAGAUCGCUAUUGUUAUUUAUUCUGGCAACGACGAUUCACUGGUUCCUCAUCUGGGUUCGCAAGUAACUAUUCAGAACACGACGUUCGGUGGCAUUCAAGGUUUUUCUCGCAAACCCCAAACGCCGUGGUACAAUGAUGCCGGUGAGUUUGCUGGCAUAGUCCAUCAGGAGCGUGGCUGGACCUAUGUCCUGAUCGACCAUGCGGGACAUCUCGUCGGUUAUAACAACCCAAUCUCGGCGCUUACUUUCGUACGAGAAUUUGUGUUCGGUAACAACCAGACUGGUCUGGUGAUCGACACCAACUCAACCAACUCCGGAGGUGUUACUGUUGUCGGUGGCGAAGUCUCCUCUUUGGGGGGCGAGAUUAUGACCGGUCAGCCGGGUAUUUAUUAUGGUUCUGCUACUACGGCGUCCACCUAUUUCUUCCCGAGUGCGACCGUUGAAGCAUGGGAUGCGUACGUCGCUACCGCAACGGCGACUGCCUAUAACCGUGCCAAGUCGAUGUCGCAUGUCUCUUCUCAACUGGAUAGUAUGUUGGUGUGCUGUUGUAUUUUAUUGACGACUAUAAACCUUCUAUAAUACGGAGACUUCUUACGGACCAUUUUUGCCAGGCUGGGACUUGCAAGUUCUAUUUGAUUCGUCUUGGACCUGGAAACUAAUGUUUCACAUAUUAUUAUGUCGCAUUACGCCGAUUGUUUGUCGUCCGUUCCUCAGUUCUGUCCUUCUGCAUUAUAUUUAAUUGGUAUCGCAUCCAUGUAUCGA